UCGAACGUGAAGAGAAAACAAGAGGGGACGAUCCUGACUCGCCUUGCUGCCUUUCGAAGAAUACUCGACGUUUCGUUGCUACGCGAUAUCGUAUAUUCGUAUACGUCGAGACUUUUCGAGCGGGAAAAAUCGAACUUUUCGAUUGGGAUGGCGGACUUCGAUGCGAUUUACGAGGAGGAAGAGGAGAACGAACAAAAUUUGGAAGAGCAUUACGUGACGACGGUGCCUGAUCCUAUAAUCAUUCGUGGCGCUGGAAAUAUGACGGUGUUUGGGCUAAGCAAUCGUUUCGAGUCCGAGUUUCCCAGUGGCCUGGUAUCGAGAGUAGCGCCCGAGGAAUUCAAGGCCACCGUAAUGAGAAUAAAUAGCGUGUUGAAAAAGACUUUACCAGUUAACGUCAAGUGGUUGUUCUGCGGUUGUGUAUGCUGCUGCUGUACCUUGGGAUGUUCCUUGUGGCCGGUUAUUUGUCUUAGCAAAAGGACGCAACAUUUGCUCAAUAAAUUGUUGGAAUGGGAGAACGGUAGACUGUAUCAUAAACUCGGAUUACAUUGGCGAUUGACCAAACAAAGAUGCGAUAGCUCCUCUAUGAUGGAAUACGUACUUUUAAUCGAAUUUAUUCCAAAAAUACCAAUCUAUAGACCGGAUUAAAGAUUCGUACAAGUUUCUGUUAUACGACCUGUACGAUCGACGAGGAGUAGGAUAUAGGACGGGCACUCGAGUAGCCAGGUUCGUUGUAUACGCAAUUGGUAUAGAGCGGAGAAAGGCAGUAGGUAUCGCCGUAAUGCCAUAGAUGUUCGAUGGAAUGCAUAUUUUUGUAAAUAUUAUGCGUAGGAAUACACGGUACAAUAAUAAAAUAGGUAUACGGACAACAGCAGUUAGUUCUCGAUUCACGUUGCGUUAUCGAUGAUGCGACGUAGAUGCCCAUCGGUCGAACGUAUUCCAACUCGUCGAUGCGACUCGACGAUUUCUGUCGUAAAUCGGGCUCCGUCUGCGUGCGUUAUUACCAUUGACUUGAGAUAUAUCUUAGUACGAUCGAAAUACGAGCCAUUUACACUCCCAUCUUUCGUAACAAAAUGAAAGAAUUUUCUUGUUGAUAUCCGUCGUCGUUGAAAAGUCGAGAAGAGAUAGGAAGGUAUCUUUUUUUUAUUUAUGGAAAAAUAUGCUCGCGACACUCUUAUCUUUGGAACGAGCGCUAUCGCGGUAUAGCGUCCAAGCGCUGUUAUUUCGAAUUUCCAAUCUACUUUUACCUACCAAUAUAUCUAGUAGUACGAUCUAUAUUGGCUAAUUAGUAUUUCAAUUCUCAGGUAAGAAAUUAAUCUCGAUCGGUACAACGAACGUAUUAAAUUUUAGGAUAUCAUGUAAAAAGUGAAAAUGACUCUAUAGAUGGUUUUCUAUAAUUGCAAAAUGUAUCGGAUUACGCGUUGGGCGUAAAUUGUAUAUAUAACUGUGUAUACGUAUAGAUUUAUUUUACGUAUGGGUUAAUUUCUUACCGCGGUGAUAUUAGAAAUUACUUAAGCUAUCAGUGUACAGCUUACAAAAAUUAAUUUCAAAUACAAUUUUAACCAACCAUUACGAAACGAAUUCUCUUGUUGUAUAGAAAAUUAAUAUGCUUAUGCGCUUAACUUGGUAUCGCUUACCAUCGGUGGAAAAUGUUUGUUAACAACACGACCAUUUUUACGAUAAGAACAGUCGUUUGUGAUCGACGUUGGCACGAAGCUGGAAGAAUAAAUAUCGAUCGUCAUUUCUUCGUAUUGCUGUUUCUCAUGAUCGUAUAUUUUGCGGGCGAUGUCGUCGUCGGGAACAAUACCGAUAGACCUUUUUUCUCUGGAUAGCGAUGUGCCCCAGUGUCUCUCUCUCUCUCUCUCUCUCUCAGGUUUUAUUUCUUUUUUCCUUCUUCUUGUUGUUUUGUCCAGUUUUGUUUUUGUUUCUUUCAUCGAGCGACGACUCGUCGUUGGUUUGCGACUGUUACGCGUUUCGACUUGUUAAGGACGAUUCGAUAAAAAAUUAUGCUAUAGAGAUACAAUGGUAGAAUACAAAGUGAAACUUGUAAUCCAUACAGCAUACGUAGACGAUACCUUUGUUGCUAAUUCAGUGGCUGUGAAUGAAAAGAAAAGAAGAAUAUUUUUCCAAUUGUAAUGUACAUUUUAAAUAUACGCAUUUACCAACAAUUUCAUCACACUUGUACGAAACGAACAAUGCUCUAUUUGUCAAAUGCUAGUCACAAUUUUCUGCAUUGGAUCUAUUUUUUUGAAAUUUGUAUUUAAUAUCGUGAUACAAUAAAGGUUCGAUAAAGAGUCCGAUAUUUGGCGAGUCUUAUGGAUAGAUCGUUGUCAUCUUCGUCGGUGCAUACGCGAGGUAUCCUAUAUGCUGCUUGAUCGAAAACGGCGUACUCUUCCGCUCCUCUGAUAAUCCUAUCCUCCUCCGAUAUAUCCAUCCGUCUCCUCGCGGUGAAACUUUUCUUCUGAUACAACUAUACGCGUGUGCGAUACACCCGUCUCUGCGUCGCGACCAUAUAUAUCGUACACGCUGGUAUCUGCAUUGAAAUGAUAUUUACCAAGAAUAAUUCGAUGUUAUGAUAAUUGACGACAGGUGCCUUUGCAGCUUCUAAUAACAGGAGAUCAUCGCCGUUCGUUAUAGUGAUAAAGUGUCCGAUGGAGAAUGUGUGAUCGAUCGAUCGAUCCUGCACGUACGAAACCUGAUAUUUUUUGUUCGUUCUUUUCGAGCAUUGUAACAAUCUUUGCAUUUAAAAUGUUUCAUUAUUAUUUCUUCACUCGACCUGAAAGUGUGAAUUAGCCGUUAUUAAUAAAAGUUCGUUGUAAAUA